GGAGUAUGUACAUACGUACGCACUAAUCUGAACUAUCGAAUACGUAAUGAUUUAAAUAAUGAUCUUUUAGAGAAUUUUUUCGUUGAAAUCAGUAAGCCACGAAGUACACCAUUUCUGGUCGGUACUUUGUAUCGACCCCCAAGUUCUCCACCCAAUCUAUUAAGCGAAUUUGAGAAUGUUAUUGCUGAAAUUGACGCGGAAAAAUAAGGAAUUAUAUUUAAUCGGUAAUAUCAACUGUAAUUUGUGGCCUGAAGCAAUUACAGUUAAUUCUUCCCAUGUGAUAAACAUUUUCGAUAUAUAUGGUCUUAGUUAGUUAAUCACUGAACCAACACGUGUCACCCCGGACUCAAAAACAUUAAUUGAUUUAUGCAUAACGAACUCCCCAGAGAAGGUUACAAAU